UAUAUCCAUCAUCAUUUAUGUUCAUCAGCACGUUAUCGCACGCGCCGACUCUAUGUUCUCUCUUCGGUCCCUCUCUAUCUCUAUUUCCAUCUCCAUCUCCUUCGUCGUCGAAGCUCACUUAUCGCUUGUCAAUGGCGAGCUAUGUUCGAAUCGCAGUCGUUGGAGACGUUCAUGACGAUUGGAAUCUUCAAGAAGAUACAGAGGCUCUUCGAUUUUUGCAGCCAGAUUUGGUGCUAUUUACAGGCAUGUCCUUUUCUCUUUGCUGUUUAUCCACUUGAUGCAAUGGCUGGUGACUUUGGUAAUGAGAAUGUUGACCUUGUUAGAAGCAUUGCUGAUCUUAAAUUUGCUAAAGCAGUCAUAUUGGGAAAUCAUGAUGCCUGGAGUACUCAACAAUUUGCCGAAAGGAAGAAGGACCGCGUCCAACUUCAGCUGGAAUGUCUUGGUGAGGAGCAUGUAGGUUACCGGCGUUUGGACUUCCCUUCAUUAAAGCUGAGUAUUGUUGGUGGAAGGCCAUUUUCUUGUGGGGGUGAACAGUUGUUUCGGAAAAGACUUCUGGAUGCGAGAUAUGGAGUCCAAGACAUGAAUGGAAGUGCAAAGAGAAUAUAUGAAGCUGCUGUAGGAGCCCCUGAGGAUCAUUCAGUUAUAUUUCUUGCUCAUAAUGGUCCCACAGGUCUUGGUUCUAGUAUAGAUGAUAUAUGUGGAAAAGACUGGGUAUCUGGAGGUGGUGACCAUGGUGAUCCAGACUUGACACAUGCCAUCUCCCAGUUGAAAGGGACAACCAAAUGCUCUAUCCCUUUGGUUGUGUUUGGCCACAUGCAUAAAGAGCUGGCAUUUGGAAAUGGACUUCGAAAAAUGAUUGUGAUUGGGGCUGACAAGACUAUAUACCUAAAUGGGGCUAUUGUUCCCAGAGUUAGAAGGUUGAGUGAUGAACAUGGAACCAACUGCAAAAGCUGCACGAACAACGAAGGCCCAGUUUUCACACCCAAGGCAGAAGGCACAGUGCGAGCCUUCACUUUAGUAGAGAUUGUGGAUGGAAAAUUGGCGAAGAUUGCAGAAACUUGGGUUUCCGUUUUCGGAGACAAAACCAAGUCAGAAGAGGAGCACAUAUUAUUUAGUAGAGGAUCCAGAGGCUCCAAGCUUUGUGUGUAGAAUGGAAUUCUGGGUCGAUCAUGAUUAUCAUGUACUGAGGGAACCCUGCAUCAUGUAUAUCGAAGAUGUAUGCUCUUUUUCCAACCCAUAUAUAUUUAAGUGUAGAUAUGCCAUAUGGCAAAUCUUUUCUAAUUAUUAAUAAUAAGAAUAUUAUAAAUAAUAUUUUAGUUGAA